GGCAAAUACCCUUGAUAAGCAAUUAUACACCAUUAGUUGGUGAUAAUGUUGAAACCACUCUUGUUUUUAGCCGUAACGGCUUACCUAUUUUUUAUAAAUACGGUAAAAGCCAGUGAAGCGCAAGCGACUGCGAGCAGUGCAACUACUUUUGCCAGCGUUUCUGUUGGUGGUUGCAACCAUGAGGAUCACCGAAUUAUGAAAUGCAAGGGCCCGAAUGAAAUAUUUGAUGAAUGCCUGCCAACGUGCCCGCCUCAAAGAUGCGAUAUCAAUAUAGCAACGAUUCUAUGUCCUGUGCCACCACAGCCUGGCGAUCCCAAAUGCAAGCCUGGUUGUCGAUGUAUUGAUGGUCACGCUAGGAACUCUUCUGGCAUUUGCAUCCCUCGAGAUCAAUGCGAACCUCAAUGCGGUGAAAACGAAAAAUUUGAAAACUGUCCUGCUUCUUUGUGUGAGCCACAAAAAUGUUCGCAAUUGGGUUAUGGCAUUAAUCAUACUUCGAUCGACCAAAAUAAGCCGUGUCCUGGAAAGCCAGGGUGCGUUUGUAAAAACGGGUAUUUGAGGAAUGAUAAAGGAGAGUGCAUCGACAGAAAAAAAUGUCCUUCAUGCAGAGGUGACCCCAACGCUAUAGCAGGUUGUGGAAUGUAUUGUAACCAACGAUGUUCAUCCAUUGGAAAAGAACCUGGGCCAUGCAUUUUGAAAUGUCUCCUUAACGCUUGUGAUUGCAAACCAGGAUACUUCUACGACGAUAAUACAAGAGAAUGUGUACUAUCAAAAGAUUGCACGACUCCGUGCAAGAAGAACGAAACAUUUUCAACAUGUAUGAACAGCGGUUGCGAUGCGAGGAAUUGUUCUCAAUUAGGUUUCCCAGUGCCUUGUGUUGAGCCUAAAAGGUGUAUAAAAGGAUGCGUUUGUAAAAGUGGAUUUUUAAGAAACAGCAAAGGAGUCUGCGUAUCUAGCUUAGAAUGCCCAUCAUGCGGUGGCGACGAAAAUGCACAGCCUGGUUGUGGUUCGAGAUGUAGACAGUGUUCUAACUACAAGAAGGGUCCUAUAGCUUGCCCCUUAAGCUGCAUAUUAAACGGGUGCGAUUGCAAAAAAGAAUAUGUAUAUGACGCAAAUAAAGGGAAAUGUGUUCUUCCUAAAGAUUGCAGUCCCGUGUGUGGCGCUAACGAAGUUUAUAAAAAAUGCAUUACCAAAAACUGCGCUGAAAAAAAUAAGUGUUCUGCUUUGGGAUUCGACAUAGUUUGUGAGGAAGAUAGCAAGAACUGCACUGAAGGUUGUCUCUGCAAAGACGGUUACCUUCGGAAUGAUAAGGGCGUAUGCAUCCUUAAAGAAAAGUGUCCAACAUGCCGUGGUGAUCCCAACGCGAAACCAGGUUGCGGCGUCAACUGCAACAAACAUUGCUCGGACUUAUUUGGAUAUCCUCGUCCGUGCAAAAGAAUAUGUUAUCCCGACGGUUGUGACUGUAAAGACGGUUACUAUUACGAUGAUAACGAAAAACAAUGUGUCCCCCCUAAACAAUGUACUCCAUAUUGUAGAGAAGACAAACAUGAGGUUUACUCCACCUGUAUUAAUGGUGGAUGUCAAGCAAAAAAUUGUUCACAGUUAGCAAAACCAAUACCCUGCAUUAAACUUAGACCUGAAUCUUGCAUUAAGGGCUGUAUUUGCAAAAAAGACUUCCUGCGAGCUGACAAUGGCUCUUGUAUACCAAAGGAUCAAUGCAGACCUUGCAAGAGGCCUAAUGAAUAUUACGAUAAAUGUCCAUCACCUUGUCCACCACAAACUUGUGAAAGCAUUGGGAAAUUCUAUCCUUGUCCAGCAAUCCCAUUAAAUUCAUCAGCAGAGUAUUGCAAGCCUGCAUGUCGAUGUAAAAAAGGUUUCUUCAGAAACAAAAUUGGAGAGUGCAUAUCAAAAGCCAAUUGUUUGAAAUGUACUGGUGAUUUCGAAUAUUAUACUUGCGGCGGUGCAUGUGACAAUGAGUGUGAUAAAAUCGAAACACAAGACCAAGAUCGCUGCCCUAUACAAAACAUUCAGUGCAACAAAAAAUGUUACUGUGAAAAAGGAUAUGCACGAGCUAAAAACAACACUUGCAUACCGAUUGCGAGGUGUAAAGAACCACAAUGCGGUAUGAACGAACGAUAUGAAAAAUGUCCUGUGCCAUCAUGUAGACCAGAGAACUGCACGCAACUGGGAUUCUCGAUACCUUGCCCGAGAAUUUCGGCAGGCUCCAAAUGUUUUGGAAAGCCAAAAUGUGUGUGUAUCGACGGUUUCGUCAGAAAUGAUAAGGGUGUUUGCAUUCCCGUGAACCAAUGCCCAUCAUGUCGUGGUGACCCGAACGCCAAACCUGGCUGUGGAUUCUGCGGAAACAGUUGCUCCGAUAAGGGUAAAAAAAAUGUAGCGUGCCCCGAUAUCUGUGAAAUAAACGGUUGUCAGUGCAAAAAGGGAUAUUUAUACGAUAAAGCACGAGGAAAAUGUGUCCCACCUAAAGAUUGUACUCCAGAAUGUCCAAGGAAUGAAGAAUAUGCUAAAUGUCCUGUGGGUAUAUGUCGUCCUCUAAAUUGCUCCCAAUUAGGAUUCCCAAUAAAGUGUUCAAUCUUAUCAGAAGAUGAAAAAUGCCCGGUGAAACCAAGAUGUAUUUGCAAGAAAGGUUAUGCUAGGAACAACAAGGGUAUUUGUGUUCGACUUACAGAAUGCCCAUCUUGUGGAAGCGAUUCUAAUGCUACUACUGGUUGCGGAUAUUGUGGACACCGAUGUCAAGACAUCGGAAAAGAAAACGUAGCCUGUCCAAAAAUUGCAUGUAUACUAAAUGGAUGCCAAUGCAAAAAAGGUUAUUACCAUGACAGCAUUCAGAAAAAAUGCGUCCUACCUGAUGACUGCACACCUCGUUGUGGUAAGCACGAAAUACCAUCAGAUUGUGUAAACGGAGGAUGUGAUAAGAGAAACUGUACACAACUGGGUCAGCCUAAAAUUUGUAUACACCCGUAUAAAUGUAAGAAAGGAUGUGUAUGUAAACAAGGUUAUCUGAGGAACACUAAAGGAGUAUGUGUGCCUAUAAAGGAGUGUCCAUCGUGUGGAGGAGAUCCUAACGCCCAAAGCGGUUGUGGUACCAACUGUAACAAACGUUGCUCGGAUAUUGGUACAGAAACAAAAGUAUGUACAUUAGAAUGCAAGGAAGAUGGUUGCGAUUGCAAACCUGAUUACUACUUAGAUGACAUCACUAAAAAAUGUGUAAAGCCUGAAAACUGCUCAUCACCAUGUGGCAAAAAUGAGAUACUUCACGACUGCAUAGAAGGUUUUUGUGACGCGAAAACUUGUAAAGACCUAGGAUUUCCUAUAGCAUGCCCAAGUGUAGAAAGAUGCACUAAAGGUUGUCUAUGUAAGCCUGGCUACGUGAGAAAUGACAAAGGCGUCUGCAUAUCUAAACUAAAAUGUCCGUCAUGUGGUGGUGAUAAGAACGCCCAACACGGCUGCGGUGUCAAUUGCGGCACACGUUGCAGAGACAUCGGUAAAAAGAAUUUCAAAUGCUUGAAAAUUUGUAAUUACAACGCAUGUGACUGCAAACCUGGGUACUAUUUAGAUGAGAACACGAAAAAAUGCGUGCCACGUGAUAAAUGCACUCCACAGUGUCCAGAAAAAGAAAUAUACAACACAUGCCUUGAAGGAUAUUGUAAACCCAAGAAUUGUUCGCAACUCGGUUUUCCAAUCUCAUGUCCGAGAAUAGAUCCCAAUUUUUGUACUGGAGGCUGCCUGUGCAUAGAAGGACAUGUAAGAGCUGCAAACGGAACUUGUAUAGAAGCUAGACAAUGCCCAUCAUGCGGUGGUGAUCGAUUCGCCCGAGCUGGUUGUGGUGUGAACUGCGGUAAACAAUGCAAAUAUAGAGGGCAAGAAGUGGCUUGUAUUGCUAUUUGUUACGAUAACGCCUGUGAUUGCUUGGAUGAAUACUAUUUGAAUGAAAAUACCGGAAAAUGCGUAUUGCCAAACCAAUGUCCUCCACGAUGUCCAAAAGACGAAGUCUAUAACAGUUGUGUGGAAGAAUAUUGCAAACCUAAGAAUUGCUCAGAGGUAUAUGAUACAAUCGUCUGUCCGAAAGUAGAUAAAAGUCGUUGCACCGGAGGGUGUCUUUGCAAAGAAGGAUAUGUUAGAGCUAAUAAUGGAACAUGUAUACGCGCGAAGGAGUGUCCACCACCUUGCAGAGAUGACGAAUAUUUCUCCAACUGUAUUCAAGCCCAAUGUCUUCCACAGAAUUGUUCACAACUCGGAUAUUCUAUACCAUGCCCGAGAAUAGAUUUCAAAUAUUGUAUCAAAGGAUGUCUCUGUAAAGGAGACAAUGUAAGAGCGGCCAAUGGGUCCUGCAUUCCGAAGAAACAAUGCCCUUCAUGUGGUGGUGACAGUAACGCAGUAGCCGGCUGUGGUAUGAACACCAACAAACUUUGUUCCGACGUUGGAAAAGAACUAAAACCAUGCAAUGACACAUGUGAACCAUUCAUAAAUAGGUGUGAUUGCAAAGAUGGAUUCUAUCUUGAUCCUAAUUCCAAAAAGUGUGUGCGACCUGAUAAAUGCACACGUGAAUGCAACUUACCAAACGAAGAAUACAACUUAUGUGCACCCACAUGCCCGCCGCAGCAAUGCAGUAGUCUCGGGAAGAGAAUCUUCUGCCCCAGGAACCCUAUUCCAGGCGAUCCAAAAUGCAAAGUGGCUUGUGUAUGUAAGAAGAACUAUUUUAGGAACCUAAUUGGAGAAUGUAUUUCAAGAGAAAAUUGCCAAAAAUGCCCGAAACCUCAUGAAUACUUCUCUUCCGGGCCACCCUGUGACAACGUAUGUGCAACGCUGGCAACAAAAAACAAACGCAACUGUCUAAAAUCCAAAAAAAUAAUCGAAAGAUGUUACUGUGAGGAUGGCUACGCUCGAGAUAAAUACAAUAAUUGCAUACCAAUUGCAGAUUGCGAACCUCAAGACGGAAACCUGACCACUACAACGACUACGCCCUCGGCGAAUGUAGAGGAAUUAUUAGCAAAACUACGAAAAGCCAAUAUAGCUCUAACGGGACAAUUUGUAUAUGACAUGGUAACAAUGACUCCAGGCAAGAGCUUUGUUCUGUCAGCAAUAUCCGUGUUGAUACCACUAACACAACUUCUACUUUACUCUGUUGGCGUGACGCGUGAACAACUAUUACGUGUUACCAAUCUAGAUAGCAAUGAGGAGGUAGAAAAAGCGAUCCCAGCACUACUAAGUAGUUUUCAAAACCAAGCAAACGUAACAUUCGAAGUGGCUAUUAAAUUUUACGGCAAUAUAAAUUAUCCAUUUAGUAAAAGAUUUAAAAAAGACGCUAUAGAAAUGUUUGAUUCCGAAGGUGAAAACCUUAACUUCGCCGAUAACGUGAAAGCUGCUGAGACUAUAAAUAAAUGGGUGGAGAAUAAAACACACAAUGAAAUUAAGGACCUAAUACCGCCUUCCGCACUCAGUCCAGACACACGUCUAGUUUUGCUCAAUGCCAUGUAUUUCUUUGGUAACUGGAAAAAGGCCUUCAAUGUCAACAACACUAAAAACAGAGACUUUUAUGUAACACCAAAUAAAACAAUUUCUAUACCAAUGAUGUAUCAAGAAAAUACAUUUAAUUAUUGUGAAUUUAGUCCAAUUGAUGCAACGGUCAUAGAAAUGUUAUAUAACAACGAUAAAUAUAGCAUGGUUAUAUGGCUCCCUAAUAAAAAAGAUGGGCUACGUGACAUGGUUUCUAAGAUGCGAGAUCCGGAAUUAGUGGUUCAAAGUCUUGCCUGUUUGAGUCCAGAAAGAGUGAAAGUAUUCGUACCCAAGAUGGAUAUACUGACGCAGUUAGAUUUGUCAAAGCUUCUCAAAAAGGAUAAUGUCACGGAGAUGUUUAAUCCAAAUUCAUAUAACUUUAAAGAUAUUUUGGCAAAUGACGAACCUAUUUUUGUAUCUGAUGCUAUCCAAAAGUGCAAGCUCCAAUCAAACGAAAAUGGCACAUUGGCAGCAGUGGCGACUGGAAUAAUAGUCAGUACAAGAUCAGCAGUAAGACCUCAACCAGUAAUAAAGAUCUUUGAUGCUGAUCAUCCUCAUGCGUUCACUAUAUUUAAAGAAAGAAAUCCUCUAUUUACGGGAGGAUUUUUCGGGUGAUUCAUUAGAUGCAGAAGCAGAAUAUUUGCAAUCCGAUUUAAAUUGACUUAUUUUAAAUAUAUAUCAUGCAGAAUUAAUAAA